AUGAUCACCCAGGCUGAAUGUACUGAAAGACCAAUGAUCCACAAGGCUGGAUGUGCUGAAAGUACAGUGAUCAAAAAGGCUGAAUGGACUGAAAAACCAAUGAUCAACAAGGCUGAAUGUACCAAAAGACCAAUGAUCAACAAGGCUGAAUGUACUGAAAGUCCAGUGAUCAAAAAGGCUGAAUGUACUGAAAGUCCAGUGAUCAAAAAGGCUGAAUGUACUGAAAGUCCAGUGAUCAAAAAGGCUGAAUGUAUUGAAAGUCCAAUGAUCACCAAGGCUGAAUGUACUGAAAGGCUGAAUGUAUUGAAAGACCAAUACUCACCAAGUCAGAAAUAUCUAAAGUCAAAUGACCAAAACUACCAAUAUUAA